AUGUGGGAGUUCGCCGCGGAUGUCUGGUCUCUGGGGGUCUGCCUUGUGGCGAUGCUCGGCGGCUUCAUGCCCUUUGCAGCAGACCAGCGGCGAUUCGCGAGUCAGGUGAGGGUGCUGCGGCGCGCCCAAGAGGAGGGCCGAUCGGCGACGAGAGCCAUCUUCGGCUGGUUCCCACCUCGGUGGUGCAAUCUCUCCGUCGGCGCAAUCAGCCUGAUCGAUUCGCUCCUCGCCCUCAACCCUCGCGAACGGCCCUCUGUCGCCACGGUGCUCCAGCACCCGUGGAUCAGCAGACACAGCCAUGGCGAGGAGUGCGCAAUCGAGCGCGAGGGACCAGCCUCGCCAGACGAAGCCACGACCUCGACACGCGAUCCGACUCGCCACGGUCAAUUUUGGGUUCUGGUAUGA